UUUUCUUUCUUUCCCGUUUUCCUUCUUAUUUUGUUCAAAAACUGAAGCUUAUCACUGACACAGAGCUUACCAAUGACAAUGGUUGAUAGGAUUAGCAAGUUGCCAGAUGAAGUUCUCUGUCACAUUCUCUCAUUUCUUCCCACUGAAGAAGCUGUCACCACCAUUCUUCUCUCAAAGAGAUGGAGGCCACUCUGGCCUUCACUGUCUACCCUAGACUUCGAUGACUUUCGAUUUUUCCGCCGUCGUCGAGAUCUCCAAGGCAAGGAGAAGCAAAACUCAGACCCUUCCUUUAUCAACUUCGUGUAUGCUGCUAUUCUCUCACGAGAUUUGCAUCAACCCAUCAAAAACUUCAGGCUCAUAUGGGGUGAAAGUGAAAGUCUAGGUUCCCAUGUCAAGGUGUGGUUAAACGCCGCAAUACAACAACGCCAAGUUCAGAAUAUCAAAAUCCGCAGUUGCGUCUCCCAAGUGCCUUGCUCUAUUCUGAAAUGCACAACCCUUGUUGUUCUCAAGUUGAGUUCUGUAGUUUUUGAUGAUUUUUCAACUGUGGAUCUUCCCUCACUCAAAACACUGCAUUUGAAGAGUGUUUUGAUUGAGAAGCUUCAAUCUUUUGUGGAGCUUCUUUAUGGGUGUCCAAUUCUGGAAAAUUUGAAAGCAAGGGAUGUAUCUUUUUAUGACUAUGAACUUGAGGGGAGGGUUAAAAGUUUGCCCAAGUUGGUUAGAGCUGAGGUUUUGGUUUUUUUUCAAGGAUAUUAUAUUCCUGUCAAAGCUUUUUCAAAUGUGCAGUUUCUGCUCUUAGACGAGUGCGAUGCGGAUAUUCCUGUGUUUCCCAAUUUAAUUUAUUUGGAGCUCUUAUUUGGAGGCUCUAUUAAAUUCAGUUUGGCGCUUGAUAUGCUCAAUCGUUGCUCUAAGCUUCAAACUGUUGUUUUUAACCUUGAUGGUCGUGAUGAUGUUUGGCCAUACCCAUGUUCUGUUCCUGAAUGCUUUUCAUCACAUCUCACAAAGUGCAUUCUUGAAAAUUUUGAUGCAGUGGAAUGUCAUAUGAGAUUUGCAAGAUGUCUUGUUCUAUGCUUUUGUGCUCUGGGCUUAAGCAGUCGCGCCAUCUACUACUUCUUGGAGGAACCUACAAGAAGACACAUUACUUUUUCAUAGACUCUAGCAGUAGCAUCAAUGUGAUAAAUGCAGAUGUUAUGAAGCAGCAAAGAAGCUUUCGCUCAACUCUUUGUUUAUGCAUUGCUGUUCUAACAACACCCCUGUCCCUUCAAUGAUCUAGCCCUAUUUAAGUCUUCUAUCUAUCUUCCCUAAAAUACUUUGUCUGUUAUUUAUAUUAUAACUAGUAAAUGAAGAAUACAUAAGAAGAUGAUAGAACUUAAAUGUAUCUCUGAGAACCAUGACAAAACAAUUAUUUGACACAUCUUGAUAUUUCUAAUGCAACAAUUGUGAAAUUAA